AUGACUGUACAGCAUAGUAUCGAUGAUGACGGUGCUGUGAGGCAGCGUGCUGGAGGGCUCUUUGAUAGACUUGCGCCGCACUUGAAAUCACCCGGGAAAUACGUUCUCUUCAACGUGUUCUCCACAAAACCGUGCGUGCCUGUGGUGCACAAACCGAAACCAUUGCGCCCCUUGCUUGUGACCAGAACAACACACUACUGCGUCUUGUUUUCGCCGGAUAAUGUCCCGCUGGUUGCUGUUGAGAUUUUCACAUACUGCACCUUUUAUAAGGACACCAUCAAUAAGCUUGUCUACGUGAGUAAGGCAGAUACCACGGGGCUGGCCGGGUCUGCAGACGUGAACGUGGGCGCGUUUGUCACAGAGUAUCUCAAAUGGGUAUGCCAGAUGCCGGUCGAAGAUCUUGUCAAAGGAGUGAAGCUGAAGAAAGGGCAAAAACAGAGAGAUGCUGACUCCGCACAGCACGGUGCAGAGAACGGCGAUGUUCCUGGCAGGAUGUUUGUCUCAGAAACUGCACACGCUCUUUACGUUUUGCAGAGGCGGGCAUCAGGAGACAUUGACUAUCGUAUGCCGGCUUCUUCUCGGAAAAUCGACGCUCUGGAAUAUCUUGCAGCGCUCGGAAUAGAACCCGCUGCCCUGGCAAAUGAGAACGUGCAGACCAGGCUAGUCCUGUUCACUCGUUCUGAAGGACAGUACCUCUUUCCGGAGUCGAUGAGGAACCCAGACAAGCACGUACUUGAUGGGAGAGCGUUGCUGAAGUGGUGGCUCAAGAAUGUGGACCGUAUAGCGGAUGAUUGGACAGGACCUGCAAAGUACCUUAACAUCUUGAACUCCGAAAGCAGAGACAUAAUGCGUUAUUUUCCUUCUUCAAGCUGGAAAAUAGGCAACGUCUACGACUCUCACGGCAAUACAAAUGAGCCGGCAAUCUACGCCAUUCCACUACUACCUGACGAUCCGAAGGGGAGAUUUUUGGAGCACUUGGUAGUAGAAGGCCGGGCCAAAAAGGUAGAGGGUAAACAGUUCUGGCAAGAACUUGCCAUUCGCCAAGAGUUUAGUUUUGGUGCUGUGGUGGGCUUGAUCGGCAUUUCGGGGCUGCCCAGCUACAACCUGCCCAACUGCGACCAAAACGAAUACAACCUCCUUUCCCCCACGAGUUUGAACCAUUUCAAGGAACUAGUCACUACUAAGGACUAUUCCGACAGAAGCGACUGGGGAACGCUUCUCGAAGAGUUGCUACUAACACCAAAGUUGAAACAGUAUGAUAUCCACGGACGCUGGGAAGGCAGACAGAGCGCAAAAAGGAAGGCUGAAACUGUUAAGCCCGUGAUAAACACUUUGAUGUGCGUCAGGUCCAAGAAGAAACAGAAGAGUUGA